CUUCCUUCUUGCAAUCUAACACAAUUUCAUAAUGAGCCAACUCUCGAAAUACAUUUCAACCAAAAUCUAUCAAUAUGAGCUCCAGACAGCACUCUAUAUGCUUGAGCCAUGGGAGAAGGCUUUGUUCAACAGCAUUGUUCUCGUCAUAUUAUCGCUCGCCAUAAUGACAGUUUACCAGUAUACCCCAUCUGUGCUCAGCAAGCUUUCUGACUUCACUAUCCAAUAAUUACACUCACCUUUGAAAGCAAUCAUGUUUUUUGUACUUUCUUUUAUAUAAUUGAAUGAAUAGCAUUUCAUGUGUUCAUCUACUCAAUACAAGCUAAUAAUUUUAUGUUCAACGCAUCAUUGGUGCUAUAUGAGGGACUG